CUCUCUCUCUCUCUCUUUCCUCUGCCUUGGGACACCAAAAGCGCUUCGGACAAUCCCUGCUUUGUCACUCGCUGUGCGCCAAACGCCUUCCGACAAUUCUCUCUCUAUCUCUCUCUUUCAUUGGCACAAAAAAGCUUAUAUAUUCACAGCAAGGAAAAAAAGAUGCUUUGCCCUGCAACAAUUGCUAGUCUGAAGUUCUGUCAAAAGUAAAAGAUGAAUGCCAGAGUCCGCGACAGCAUUCAAACCGUCAAAACUCUUAAUCAUGACAAGAAGGUGAAGAAGUUAGAGAGGAACAAGACGAUGGGGAAUGACAAAUCUGGGAGUACCAUAAAUCGCCGCAAAUUAAACAGAGAACGAAAAAUAGCAUUGCUACAAGAUGUUGAUAAGCUGAAGAAGAAGCUGAGACAUGAAGAGAAUGUUCAUAAGGCAUUAGAAAGAGCAUUUACUAGACCCCUAGGAGCCCUCCCUCGUCUUCCUCCAUAUCUCCCUCCUUAUAUACUAGAACUUCUAGCUGAAGUAGCUGUUCUAGAGGAAGAGGUUGUAAGGCUAGAAGAACAGGUUGUGAAUUUCAGACAAGGACUCUAUCAGGAAGCUGUAUAUGUAUCAUCUUCCUCAAGGAAUUCAGACAAUUCCAUAGACACAAUGGAGCCUGUCUCGACAAGAGUCUCGAAGCAUCGGAGAACGAAGUCAUAUUGCCAAAAUGAGUUCAAUUCUGCAAACUCAACAGCCAGGCUGCAGCCUUCACUGGCCAGAUGUUCUUCAAGUCGAAAGCUAUCGACGAACGACAACUUCUUCGAUCGUAAUGGUAACUGUUCUAACAGGUUCGCCAAUGGGAAACAAGUUCCCGGGAAAUCGAGUUCGUUUUUGUUUCUUCCAGAAGAUGGGCUGGGAAAAGAGAAUCAGUCAUAUACAAAUACUGUGAAAAAAAGGCCAUCUCCAGAAAAGAAAGUUGAUAGAAUUAUAAGCCCACUGAAGAAGUCUCCUUUGAAAUCUCAGCUGGAGUUUAGACUGGAACGAGAAAGAGCAAAGGACAAUUCAUCAAGUUUGUGUGAUGAUAUAGAGGCUAGUAGCUCACCAAACAAAAUUUCAGAGGACAUUGUGAAGUGUUUAUCUUCCAUUUUCAUAAGACUGAGUUCAUCAAAAGACAAAGCUUUGGACUCAUCAGAUGCUCAUACAUCAAAUGGACCAGCAGAGUUGCAAGAUCCUUACGAUGUCGGUUCAGAUUUCAAACCGAGGGACAUUGGUUCCUACAGACAUCUUUGUCCAAUCGAAGCUAGUUCUGUGAAUUUCAACCGUUCAACUAACGCAGUUUUUGUAAUUCAUAGACUCAAAAACUUGUUCCGAAGACUCGCCUCGGUGAACUUGGCAGGUCUUAGCCAUCAGGAAAAGCUAGCUUUCUGGAUCAACACCUACAAUUCCUGCAUGAUGAAUGCAUUUAUAGAGCAGGGCAUACCUGAGACUCAUGAAAGAGUUGUAACAUUGAUGCAAAAGGCAACAAUUGUUGUGGGAGGACACCUUCUAAAUGCACUAACAAUUGAGCAUUUCAUCUUGAGGCUUCCUUAUCAUCUGAAGUUCACCUGUCCAAAAGCAGUAAAGAACGACGAGAUGAGAGCACGCAGUUUGUUCGGAUUGGAAUGUUCCGAACCCUUGAUCACAUUUGCACUCUGCUGUGGAAGCUGGUCGUCUCCUGCUGUGAGAGUGUACACAGGAUCUAAAGUUGAAGAGGAGUUAGAAGUAGCCAAGAGGGAGUAUUUACAGGCAGCAGUUGGGAUUUCAAAGACAAACAACAAGUUGAUGAUUCCAAAGGUCUUGGAUUGGUACUUACUUGACUUCGCAAAGGAUUUGGAAUCACUGUUGGAUUGGGUUUGCUUGCAGCUUCCAAAUGAGCUGAGAAUUGAAGCAGUUAAAUGCGUUGAGAGGAAAGGAAGAGAGGCUGUCUCCCAAUUAGUGCAAGUAAUGCCAUAUAAUUUCAGCUUCAGAAUGCUGUUACACAGAUGAAACAUAAACCUUUUCAUGUUUUGAUUUGAUUAGUUUUUAGGUUUGUGUUUCACUCCUCCGAUCCUCAAUGCUGUACGAAUGUUGAAUGUGUUGCUUAGUUCAUAUACUAAACAUAGAACACACAGUUACAAUACAGAAUGAAGAUAAGUACAAUAAAUAUCGAUUUUUGUUCUUUA